UUCUGUGGCUGUCGCUUCCUGAUUGUGUCAUGCAUAGAUACAGACAAGUCACAUUGCCCACUUCCGGCGCUUCCGGUACUACCGUGACGUCACACAAACGUGCGGUGGGGGGAGAGGGAGAGAGGGAGACCCAAUCCCCCCCCGCCCCGCUGCCGGCAGAAGCUUGGCUUCACCACGCCCCGACCACUACCCGGAGAGCCUAUGGAGCCCCAGGGUGCCAAGCGAGGAGCCGGGGAAAUGAAAGAUGGGACAACAGGGGGCCCUCCCAAACGGACCUGCCUGGCCCCUUCGCUGCCCACCGACGCCUCCCUCUACGCGGGCCCCUUCCCCUUCUAUCGCCGCCCCUCCGAGCUGGGCUGCUUCUCCCUGGACGCCGAGCGCCGCUACCACGGGGACUCCCGGGCUCUGCGUUACUUCGCUCCUCCCCCAGCCCACGGUUCUGCCCCUGAUUUCGACCUCCGGGAAGGCUACCCCGAGCGCUACCGGCCCCGGGACGAGGAGAUACGGGAGGGGCUGGAUCACCUGCUUCGCUGGCUCCUGGAGCACCGGGGCCAGUUAGAGGGGGGCCCAGGCUGGUUGGCAGGGGCUGUGGUGACAUGGCGAGGGCAUUUGACAAAGCUGUUGACGACACCCUAUGAGCUUCGGGAAGGCUGGCAGCUUGCAGCCUCACGGCUACAAGGCACCCUUUACCUGAGUGAGGUGGAAACACCUGCUGCUAGGGCACAGAGACUUGCUCGGCCUCCACUCCUCCGGGAACUCACGUACAUGGGGUACAAGUUUGAACAGUACAUGUGUGCAGACACACCUGGGGGCUCUCCUGACCCCUCUGGAGAGGUCAACACCAAUGUGGCAUUCUGCUCAGUGUUGCGAAGUCGAUUAGGAACCCAUCCCCUGCUCUUCUCUGGGGAGGUGGACUGCACAGACCCUAAAGCCCCAUCUACACAGCCACCCGCCUGCUAUGUGGAACUCAAGACCUCUAAAGAAAUGCACAGCCCUGGUCAGUGGAGGAGUUUCUACCGACACAAGCUCUUGAAGUGGUGGGCUCAGUCAUUCCUGCCUGGGGUUCCUCGUGUGGUUGCUGGUUUCCGAGAUCCUGAGGGUUCUGUCCGAUCACUCAGAACCUUUCCCACCAUGGAGAUGUUUGAACUCAUCAGGGCUGACCGAGAAGGCUGGAAUCCGUCCGUAUGUAUGAACUUCUGUGCUGCUUUCCUCAGCUUUGCCCAAAGCACAGUCACUCAAGAUGACCCCAGGCUUGUUCACCUCUUCUCCUGGGAGCCAGGCGGCCCUGUUACUGUGUCUGUUCAUUAUGAUGCUCCCUAUGCCUUUCUGCCUACCUGGUAUGUGGAUGCUGUGACCCAGGACUUCUCUUCACCUCCUAAGACACCCUGCCCAGGGAACUGAUUUCUCCAGGGGACUGAUCCAGAGGGGGCUGGACCCUCCUUCAUACACACACACAAUAAAGGCCUUUUUCACUA